GGAAGUUGCCUUGAGGUCCCUUGCGAUACCUCUUCGCGAAAACUCAUGCUGAAGACCAUUGUUCACUCGUUGGCAUCACCGUCACUGAAGCUAUCGAAAUGCAAGGGCCAUCUUGCCAUAUCCCUCCGCAGAACGCACACCGCGGUAUACGAUGAACAAGAGCUAUUUUCGAUGACAAAAUACCGAUGGUUGUACAACAACGAGCAACAACUUGCUGCUCGUUACGUGCCGUACAACGUGAGGGGCCUUUUGGAUAUAGCAACGCGGUCUGCAAACGCAAAGCGAUGCACGUCUCUGAGGAAGAUUCACGACGGGACCUUCAACCGCGUUCUGAGCCUGAAGUUCGAUAAUGGAAAGGAGUUCAUAGUCAAGAUUCCUUUUCCGGUCGCGGGGCCAAAGCAUUUUUGCACGGCGAGCGAGGUUGCAACGCUCGACUACCUCCGCACCGAGCUGGGCAUACCGGUGCCAAGGGUCCGAUCCUGGUCCUCUCACGCCGAAAACACGCCAGUUGGCACAGAAUAUAUCAUGUAUGAGAAUAUUCCAGGGGUUCCUCUCUCUCAGUACUACGACAAGACCGAUACGCAAUUGGAGAGCGACCCCUUCAUCCGCGUUCUACCCACCAUUGUGACCAUCGAGUCCAUUCUUAGCGAACGAGGUUUCAACCUCGUCGGCGCGCUGUACUACAAGGAUGAUGUCCCCGACCAUCUUCGUCGCGAUUGGCCUUUGCACAGCAAGAAGGAAUACUGGACUCCCAACUCCACACGCUUCUGCAUAGGGCCUACAAUCAACCGCGAGUUUUGGCGCGCCGGGCGAUCCGCUCUGAAUAUCGACAGGGGACCUUGGCCCGACGAUCGUGCGUAUAUGGAUGCUGUUGGGAAGUGCGCUCGCGCUUGCAUAGAUGCUGGCCUCGAAGACGAUCCCAAUGGCACAUACCAAGGCCUUAUCUCGAAAUACGAGAAGCUGGUCCCUUUUAUUGCGCCGCUGCGUAUGGCCGUUUCCCUCUGGCAUCCAGACCUACACUCAAGCAACAUCAUCAUCGAUGAGAGUGGGGAGCAGCCGUCUAUCUCAGGCAUCAUCGACUGGCAGGGAUCUGUCGUCGCCCCUUAUUACCGGCAGUUUCGAGUACCACCGGCCUACCAGGUCGACGAGGGGACAGAGCUCGUGGUGCACGGUCCUGGCACCCCUCCGAAGCUGGCUGACAGCUACGACAAGCUUUCCCCCGAGGAGCAGGAACGCGCACAACAUAUCCUGCGCCGCGCGUGGCGGGCGUUUACGCACGAGGUGUUUCUCCAACACCACGACGAGCAACUGGCAAGGGAUCUCUACUCCUUGGACGGCGGUGCAAGCACCCUGCGGCUGACCACAAUGCCCUCGUCCGCCAUCACUGCGGGCUCGCACUAUGAGGCGCUGUUGUAUGCGCGUUGGAGCAUGAAGAUGGUUUGGGAUGUGUGGAUACCAAUAGUGGGCAAAUCCGAGGAUGGCGGUCCCACUAUCCCUUUCCCCUUUCCCUUUACGCAGGACGAGGCGCAGAGGAUUGACGAGGAGCUGCAGUCGUAUCAGCAUGCGGAGUCCAUCUGCGACGGCAUCCUGACUCGGUUUGGCAUCAAUCCGGAGAGCGAAGGCCUCGUCGAGGCAGACAAGUACGAGGAGACCAAGAAGGCCGUUGAAGCUGCUUUACAAGCAGCUCUGGACGGCGCGCCUUCGGCUGGGGAAAGAGACCGUCUUGCCGAAGUUUGGCCUUUGCGGGAUGGCAAGGUCUCUCUGACCGCGGAGAGGUGCCGGUAG